GUGGCGACGAAAACCUCAACACCCACCGGCAUCCUCAAAAUCCUCAAGGCAACAUGACGAAAGGUACCACGUCCUUCGGUAAGCGGCACACCAAGAGCCACACCCUCUGCCGCCGGUGCGGUAACCGUGCUUUCCACAAGCAGCACAAGGAUUGCGCGCAGUGCGGCUAUCCUCGUGCUAAGCUGCGGUCGUUCGAGUGGGGCCAGAAGGCCAAGCGCCGAAAGACGACUGGUACCGGCCGGAUGCGCCACUCAAGCACAUAUCCAGGCGGUUCAAGAACGGCUUCAGGGAAAACACUGUAGCCACCAAGAAGACCAAGGCGACGGCUGAGGCAUGAGCAUCAUAUUCCGCUAUCGUUGCAACGGUUCUUCAGUCCAUUUUUGCUAUGUCCUUGUCUGCCACACCCACGCUCGAGCAUGUCCUCUUGCCACCACGCACGCGCAAAAUACAUGAGCUAUGUACCAUGCGAUCUCUAUGCUUCAAUUCAUUACCGCGCUAGGUCAGAAGUCUGCCGGAGAUGACACCAAGGUUGCCCU